AUGUCACAGGGAACCGCAACAGUGGCCCCACGAAAAGAGAUAACCGGCCUCAACCGCAUGACUCCUAAGGGCUUAAAGGAGCUGUGUAAAAAGAAUAAGCUGUACCAGACUCCGCGUUUAAACGAUGUGCUCUACUUGCAUUAUCAGGGCUACCAAUGCAUCGAGUGCUUGGAGGAGUACACAGAGCUCAAGUGCCUGUGGCUGGAAUGCAAUGCCAUUUCUGAAAUCCAGGGCUUGGAGCAACUGACAAAGCUGAAAUGUCUCUUUCUUCAGAACAAUCUGGUUACGAAGAUCGAGAACUUGGAACCAUGUCGCGAACUAGAUACUUUGAAUCUCAGCUCUAAUCACAUUCGCAAAAUACAGAACAUCGGAUCCGAUAUAUUGCCGGUUUUGAACACACUAAACAUAUCUUCGAACUAUCUGAAGGACAGCGAGAGCCUAUCCGACCUGGUUCAUUGCAAGACACUGUCAGUCCUGGACUUGGCGAACAAUCGAAUAGACGAUAUUUUGGUUGUGAAAGUGUUCGAGCAGAUGCCCAGUUUGAGGGUCUUGGUGUUGCAAGGAAACCCAGUAGUGUCUAGACUUCCCCAGUAUCGUAAGACAUUGAUACUUGCCUGUAAAGAGCUUACUUAUUUGGAUAGUCGACCCGUCUUCCCCCGAGAUCGAGCAUGUGCCGAAGCCUGGAAGCGAGAGGGUUACGAAGGGGAGCGCAAGGAAAACAACCGCUGGAACCGGGCUGAGCGCAGGAAAACGCGCGAGAGUGUUAACUGUACCAUACGCAUGCGCAACCGCCACCACCCACCCGACGAACAAUACCCCCUGCUGAGGUCGAGCGAUUCGGAGGACGAUGCUUGUGCUGAAAGGAGUCGCAAAAGGGCCGAGCUCGAGAACGGCGGAGUCGACGAUUUGUGGGACGAGGUGUCGGGUGAACAGCCCAGCUCGGAUCACGGUUCUAGCAGUUCUAGCUCUGCUGAGGGCAACGAGAGUGUAGGAUCUCAGCACGAUCACAUCGCUGAAAAAUUGAGUAACCGCAACGGAAGGUACCUCGAGGGCCGUCCAAAAGUCCUGUACGAAUCUGACUUGGGAAAUGAGGAGUCAGUCGAGAAAGAGCCGCCUAAGAUAUCUUCGGAAACCAUAGAAGCCAUUGGGGGUGAAGCCAUUAAUCAGAAUGAAUCUGGCAGAGAAGAGGACAAGGAAGUUCGUGUUCCCAUAACAGUGGCAAAGCUAGAAGUAAUAAAUAUUAGAAGCGAAAAGGGUGACAAUGAUGAUGCAAGUGUUUCAGGAAAGGACUCAAAUGUCACAAGUCCCUCAGAAAGUGAUGAGCAACGAGAAGAGGCAGAGCUGACAGUAAAUACAUUUGAACAAGUUGUUGACGUUGAAGUCGAUAACAUGGAAUCCCAAAAGAAGCUUUCAAGUCGCCCCUCAGACAGUUGCUCGGAUCUGGAUAGUACUGAAGAUCUUGAGAGCACUUGCCAAGCCCUGAACAUUGUAGCUCAAAAUGAUGAACUGGGCGAGGAUCCCAAUAUAAAAGAGAUAAAAAGCAAACUGGUCGCUGACAUGUACGAGAGCUUUGGAGCUGAUAGCUAUGACGAACUCGACGAACCUCUCGAACUGCUCCUUGAUGAAGAUACACAAAAUGUAUAUCCAGAAGACAGACUGUUUUGCGAAGAAAAAAAAACGCCUCGGGAUUUGUAUCAGGAUUUCGAGGAGCCCUGUUUUACACCUAAAACCAAAGAGCAAGAAGAAUUCGAGCAGGAAAGGGCCAUGGCCAAUGAAAAGUGUGCCCACGACUUGGAAGAAAUGGGCAGCCAAAUGGAAGAGGAUCUGGAAGAGCUCAAGCAGUGCACAAAGCAUUUGGUCGAAAGUGUAAAGGACGAAACGGAUCAAACGGACACUGAAACCGACGAGGAGGAAUUGACUGCCCACCAGAAUACAGGGUCUCCGCUUCUUGCUCAGCAAUUCGCUGAACGGCGUAGGCAAAUGAAGUUAAGAGAAGAGGAAAAGGCGCUGAAAGAUUCGAACAUGAAGGCCUCAAAAGACAAUGAUGAAAAUGACGAGCAAGAUCACUUGUUCGCUAAGAUAUUAGACGACUCCACGGAUAAUGUACCCAAGCGCGUUUUUGGAUCUGGGAGUGACGCGACAAGUCAAACUUGGACACACGAAGAGUGCCUGCGUCAGUUGCCGCUCUCUGGGAAAAAUGAAAUUCUAAUCCAAGACGAUAUUUUCAGCCAACCCAUAACAGAAAGUACAAGUGCCCAAGAAGCUGAGGAAAUUUGCUCCAGGAUGGAGAAAAAGUUGGCUGCAGACGAGGAGAAUCUGCGAAAGCUGCUUCAGGAACUGGAGGACGAGGCUGAUGAAAAGUUUGAUAUUGAGACACAGGUGGAAUUCGAGGAAGACAUCACCAUAGGGGCAACCGAUGUUGCCAGUAUCUGCACCUCCUUGCUUGGCGAUAUUAUUGAUGAGCUAACGUUCAAUGAGAUAUUGUUGGCUCAAAAGCCGAAGAGCUUUGAGUUUGGGCCCAUCGAAUCCGACGAGGAGUUCAGUUACUCCGUGGAGCCGCAACUGUCAAAGUUGGUGCCGCCCGAGUUAGAAGACCCGGGCCGAGGUAAAAGCCUCCGCGAGUGCCUAGACACAUUUUCGGACUUUGUCACUUCCAUGGCGGAUCCCAAGCUGCCGUUGAUGCUUGGUCGUAAUUCUAGCUCAGCUGUCGAUAAAAUUCGCGCUGCUCAAGAGUUGCUUAAGUCGAAGCAUCUGGCUGAGUUUAACAACGAAACCGCUGAAAGCUUGGACGCCCAAAUAGCGAAGGAAAACGAAAAGCGCAAGAGGCGCGUGGCCGCAUCAGCUGCUCGAUGUUUUGGUCAACGGGAGAAGUAUGACGACACCUUGGAGGUGGUGGACAACCGGUUGAUGGUUGUGAAAAAGGACACAGGGGAACUGGAGGAGUUGCCACCUCCACCAGCCUUGAUUAGUGACACGGAGUCCGACGAAUACGAUACAGCCGAAGAGGAUUACUCAUCUGGAAGACAAGGGAAUGGACAGGAAAUGCGUCGUCCAUGGACCACCCCCUAUAAGCCAAAACCACGAAAGUCGGAGGAAUAUCUGGUGACUGAGGCCAUGCAGCGAUGUCAAAUGGAGUCCGUCCUUCAAGAUUCCCCAGAUGAGAGUAAAGAGGACGAUGUCGAGAACGAUGCCGUUGAGGACGAGUUCUACUCACUAGAAGCUAUGACGACUUUCAGUAGCCUGGACUCGGAAUUCUUUCAGAAACUAGAUCUCCAAAAAGUAACUAAUUCCGAAGAAGCGGAGUCGGCCAUUCAGUGCAUGCGAAGCUAUAACGAACUGAAAUCAUGCAUGAGAGCUGGUUCAAGCGAGCACCAGCUAACCACUGAGGAAAAGGAGAUGUUGCAGGAGAUGCUCUCACAGUCCCAGUCAAACAGCCCCAAGUUAGAGGAGGAGGACGAUCUACUAAAGAAAAUGGUUGAACGUAUGAAAGAGGUCGAGGAACGGGAGCGUCAGCUCCGGGAAGAGCCCCAAGUGGAUCCCAAAGAGAUGGAUUCUAUAAAGCUUUCCCUUGGUGGAACCAAGCUUUUCGAGUACAAAAGCCAAAUUUCAGAGGCGGAGAUCGAAAACUCAGAAAUGGAAACCGAAAACUUGAAAUUGGAAGGUAAGGGGGAAAAUGAGGAUGAAACCAAAGCGGAAAAAGAGGUCAGUUCUCAGGACAAGGAAAGCAUCGAUCCAUUUGUCAAGUCCACUCGGUCAAGUCCAAGAAAAAAUAUUGACGACGAUAAUCAGUCUGACGUAUCAACCGACUACGAAUCUGGCGAGGAAAUAAUGGUAAUAGAGCCGCCAAAACUACCCGAGGCAGUGCUGAAGACGUUUUUCUCUGACGGUUUGGAGACAGACAGGAAAUUGGUGCACGAUCUUGAAGAAGCAACUCGUCGAAACCUCUACUGCCCUCUUUCAAAAAUUUCGCCCAAGUCCGAUGAGAACUUAUGCCAAAUUGACAAUCCAUCGCCAGAUAUCCAAUUACAAGAAACCGAAAAAGAAAAGAAAUCGCCGCCUGAAUCAGCAAGUUCUGGACCAUCUGUGAGUGCUAAAGCCAAAUGGGCCAAAAUAGCUCAAAGAUUACACGAGUUCCUUGAUCCAGAGACGAUCGCAAUGUUAGAUAAACAAGAGUUUGCAGAGAGCGAUGAAGAUGAAGAGAGUGAGGAGGGAACCUCAGGCUAUGAUUUGGAAAUCACAGAAGAUACUGAAAAAAUACAAGCAGAAAACCCAAAAAAACAAGUCACUUCAGAGGAACACAUCACAGAUGAAAGCAUUAGCGAUGGACUAUCAUGGCUGGCUAAGUCGCACUCUCAUAUUGAGGAAACUGGAACAACUCUAAUGUUCAGCGGGGAAGAGAACAAGGCAUCUCCUACUCAAGACUUAGUUGGGGAAAACCCGACUGAAAUCAAAGACAGAUCAACUAAUAAGGAGACUGAUGAAGCAUCGCUUGACGAUAACGAAAAAACCCCAAUCAGUACGAAUUCCCCGAUUAUUACUAACAACGAAGCGGAUACCAAUAACCGCAUUACAAUGGACUAUUUCGAGGCCCAGGAACCAUCCGAAGCCGAUGGUUUGGCGGACACAAAAAUAUUUAAAACGGAGCAAAUUGAGUGCAACCUUGAGAUUCUGAGCGAAGAUGGAGACGUUGUGGUGAAGGAAGUCAGUGUCAGUGCUCAGGUCACCUAUAAGUAGAAAUCGCUCCAGAUUAUUGGUUAAUGUUUAUGUAUACCAGUUGUACCAUACUUCAUUUGAGUAAAUUUAUGAGCAUUCCAAAA